UAAGGCGGGAGUGUGAGGAUCCUGGGCGGCGUCUAUCGCCCGCCAACGCUUAUACUCACCUCACAUUCACUUCAUAUUCCUGUACUCACCUCAUACUCAUGUAACAUGUGAGUACUUGACCGCUCUUGGCCCAGUGCUUGUCUCUGGACGAUGGUUCACCGCCCAAGGUGUGGGCUGCCGCCUCUAAUAACGUACAGUAUUAUUAUUCAGAAACAGUUGGUGUCUCCUUUAUUCUCUUGAAGAUAAGAGCUCCUUCAUGUCCAAUGAGAGGAAGUAUGUGUGUGCGCACUGCAACUACUCCUACUCUUCGAGCACACACUUGCAAGAACAUUUAUAUAAUUUUUGUCAGAAAUGUAAAAAAUGUUUUGUAUCACUUCAACGAUUAGAAAAUCAUCAUUGUGCAAAGGAAAACUUUUGUGUGAAAUGCAAUCGGACUUUUUCAUCAUCGAUCAGAUUUAACUAUCACAAGUGUACAUACUGUCCAAAGUGCUCCUAUAAUUAUAGUACUUAUCAAAAAUUUAGAAAACACAGGUGCACAGAGAAAAAAGGACCAAGAGGUGAAAUAGAAAAAUCUUCUAUUGAGACCGAGAAUUCUGUGAAAGAGAGUACUGGUAUUAGCAUAGGAUUAGUACCAACACAGUCAGUGAAACAACAGACUGAACAAGUUAAGAUAAUCCCAGUAAUAGUGUCAAAAGAAGCAAACAACUUAAAUGGACAUGAGCAUUCUUCUUCCAGCAUUCUCCUGAAGACAUCAUCAUUGAAGCAUAACACAGAAAAUGAUAACACACACUACAAUUUAAGCAACACCAGCACCAUGGCGGAAAUAAUUGACCUCUCGGAUGAUGAUAUUGUGAUAGAGGAAGUCCACAGAAAGAAAGGGCCUGGGGGUGUGAAGCGACCCUUUCGCUGCCUCAAUUCUGACUGCCGUGCAGAGAAGGAUUUGAUUCGUGCUGAAGAUUUUGUCCGUAGAUACUUUGGAGUACUUUCAUAUCCGAAGAAAAAGAGAGUAUGUAUAACCUGUCUGCGGGAGGCCAAGUCUCAGCAGGAUUAUUUGGUCGAUACUUUACGCUCAAGACGGCUGCUCCUGGCAGAGAAAUUACCUCCCCCAAAGACAACAGUUGUUCUCACGGAUUCAGAUUCAGAUCCCUCUGACAAAAAUUCCAGUAGUGCGGAAACAGACAUUGAAUAUGAAUUCGAUGAUGGCAAGACCCUGGAGGAGGCUAUGUCCGACCUAAUCGUCGAUUUGGGCUUGGACAGACAAAUUACUGAAGGCGUCAAGCAUUUGGAGGAGCGACUCUUGGCUGUACAAGAGGGCUUUGAGAAUCUUCAUACAGAGGAGUACUCAAAGAUUGAAGGAGAACUUGAUAAAGUUCGGAAGGAUUUCUACAAUAACUUCCGUCCAGAAAUUAUGUGGCAACCAGCUCUGGAUAUUGGACCAUCAAGUACCAUUGUGCAGCAGGAUGGUUCUGGGGAAGUGAUUGCAGAACCCUCCGUCUUUGUUCCAAAUGAGAAUUUACCCCCAGUUGGACCAUUAAAUAGAUGGGAGCUGCAACCCAAUGAGUUGGUGUACUCGAUGAAGUAUUCCCUCUUUGCCCGCUGGGUACAGGCACAAGUUAUUGAAGUGGAAAGACGAGAAGCUAAGAACACAACAUACAAGAUUCGGUACAAUCGUAAUGCCAAAGGCUCGGGGCUUCCUCGAAUCAUGCCAGGGAGGCAGCUGGCAUAUAUAAAUCCAUGUGCUACUCGUAUUCCGGUUGGUACUCGUGUCAUUGCAAAGUAUAGAGAUGAUGACCCCAAAAAUACUACAAUAUCUGGCUCCUUUUACGUGGGUGUAGUGGCUGAGAUUCCUACAGCUGCUAACAAAUACAGAUAUUUAAUCUUUUUCGACGACGGAUAUGCCCAGUACGUGCUCCACCACGACAUCCGUGUUGUGACGGAAAGCUCUGUUUGCCCUUGGGAGGAUGUGUCCUCUGAUUCCAGAGAGUUUAUCAAGGAAUAUUUACAAAUGUACCCUGAGCGGCCAAUGGUGCGCCUUCAGAAGUGGAACUACGUCAAGACAGAAUGGAAUGGGAGAUGGUGGAAAGCACAGGUGAAAGAAGUUGAUGGAUCACUUGUCAAAAUGUUCUUCCCCUUGGACGGACGUUCUGAAUGGAUCUACAGAGGAUCAACACGACUAAGCCCACUUUUCAACAAGAAGUUGAAUAUCCAAGCUCAAGCUGAGCAGCCCCUCAGGACUAUCCGUAGACGUACAGCAGCUCUUCCCGGAAGAGCUGUGGUAGAGUAUGGAACAUUUGGCCAAGAGCAAGAUAUUGAGUCUAGUAUGACUGGUAAGUAUCCAGAAGCAUCAGCCAUUGAAGCACCUGGGGAACGCAGGGCCGUUGCACGCAAGAGCACAUCAUCUCGACCUGGCACUCCGCCUAGAGAAGUGCAACUCAGAGUAGAACAAGAGUCCAAGGGCUUCACAAAUAAACAUUCCUUCUUAGAAAAGAUAAUAAGAAUAACCCCGCAUACGUGUUCAUCGAAGUGCCUCGGUGCAUCAGGAGACAGUAUGGACAAACACAAAGGAUUGUCGCCUCUUCUCUACCCUCUUCUCUUUGGUUGGCACAGAACAAUCAUAAAGCAGCGUCGCAAGACUCAAUCCAAAAAUGAAAUUUGUUACGUAGGUCCUUGUGGUCGCCGCUUACGCUCAAUAGAGGAAGUAUUUCGGUACCUCCGAGAAACGGAAUCAAACCUGGAGAUAGACUGCUUCUCAUACGAGACAAACAUUGAUGUGUCUCAUGAGUGGGAGCCAUUUAAAAAAAUACUAAAUGUUGAAGACAUGUCCAGAGGUGAAGAGAAUGUGCCAAUUUCGUGUGUGAACUCCCUGGACGAAGCUGUUCCUCAGUCGCUGAUAUACUGCAAUGUACGACUGCCCACGGAACAUGUGCCGCUGAAUUUGGAUCCAGAGUUCCUUGUUUGUUGUGACUGUAAGGAUGACUGUCAGGACAAAUCGAAGUGCUCGUGUUGGCAAUUGACCAUAGAAGGCACGCGCAUCCUGGAACGUAAUGAGAAUUCAACUGCUGGCUACCACUACCGACGCUUAUUUGAGCAAGUUCAGAGUGGAAUAUAUGAAUGUAACUCAAGAUGCAAGUGCAGCAACCACUGUCUAAACCGUGUAGUCCAACACCCUCUCAGACUAAAACUUCAACUUUUCAAGACUGCCAGACGAGGAUGGGGUGUGAGAACGCUUCACGACAUCCCAAAAGGAGGCUUCCUCUGUGUCUAUGUUGGUAGAAUGUUGAACGAAACUAUAGCAAAUGAGGAAGGAAAGAUUAUGGGAGGAGAUGAUUAUUAUGCAGAGUUGGAUUAUAUUGAAGUUAUGGAGAAUGCCAAGGAGGGAUAUGAGGAAGAGGCUUCUACUCCCGAUGAGGAAAUUGGCAAUAAUUUUGCAGGAGAAGACAGACAUAUUGGUGGGUCCGAGUCCAAUGAGAGUGAUGGCUUCUACAGUGAGAAUGAAGUCGACAAUCCAAAAGAAGACCAUGACUUUAACCAUCCGUCUCAUAUUAAAAAGGCUGGAUUCACCAAGCGGGAAAAGUCUGCUCGCCUUCAAGAGCGUGCCAAACACACUAAAAUUUUAGUGACAGAUGGUGCCAUUGAACGUGGGAAAAUAAAAGAAGGUAAGGAAGAAGGUAGCGGCUCCGGCUCAACACCUGUGUCAGAUGAUGAAACGAGCAAAGGAACCAAGAAAAAGAAUAGUGAGCGUAAUUGCAAGAAGAAAGAGGGUGCAAAAGACAAGGAAACAAAAGCUGCUAAGUUGCUGGAUGCCAAGAAAGUGGAUGAUAAGAAAGCGGAUGACAAGAAAGCGGAUGACAAGAAAGCGGAUGACAAGAAAGCAGAUGACAAGAAAGACAAUUCAGAAAAUAUGGAUGAAGAGGAGGAGCAGUCUGAUGAGGGAGAAGAUGAAGCUGAUGAACAACAGCGUCAGCCACAAACCUUCGCCCCAACUCAACUCUUGGCAUCGGUGAACCAAAUUAAACCAAACCAAAGUGUUCGGGAUUAUUUUGGAAAAGAUGAGGCUGUGUACAUCAUGGAUGCCAAGCAGACGGGCAACAUUGGCCGCUUUCUUAAUCAUUCAUGCGAGCCAAAUGUGUUUGUCCAGAACGCCUUUGUGGAUACUCAUGAUCUACGAUUUCCCUGGGUUGCAUUCUUUGCCAUGGUUAACAUCCGAGCAGGUACAGAACUUACCUGGGAUUACAACUAUGAGGUUGAUAGUGUCCCUGGCAAGAUCAAGUACUGCUAUUGUGGGGCUCGAAAGUGUCGAGGCAGAUUGCUGUGAUGUGUUUACAGUUUACCUAUAAUACUAAAUAUUGUUUAUUUCCAUAUAAUGUUAAUUUUUCAUGAAUGUUUUUUCUUGGGCUCUACUUAUGCUAUAUUGAUGUACUAAUCAAUAUUUUGUAUAGCAAUUACCAAUUUUUCCAGGAGGGCCCUAUCAAUAGCUCCCUGGGCUAAGUGCUGGUCUAGCCAAGCCCAAAGAUGAUGAACCAGGGUCUUGGAACCCUUGCCUACUGGGAACAAGGACCAGGAUUUGUCAGGCAUUUAUGAAACUUGUACGUCUUUCCUCAAUUGUGGCAGCUUAGUUUACAUUCAUUAACCACUGUACUGCUCUGGCCCCAAAUAUGGCACCCUCCCUGUGCACAGGAAAUAAAUUCUUAGCCAAAAAACUUUUCUCUACUUAUAUUGUUAAAAUACAGUCUCUGAUCACGGGAAACUAAAAAAAAAUAUAUUUUAUGUGACAUAUUUUAGCCAUGAUGGAGCUGGGAAGUUGAGCAAAUUAUGGGCGCUGAGCAAUGGAGCGCUCGGGGUCAGUCAACUCUGCCACCCCGUGGGACGGUAGUUGCCGCGAAUAUAAUGUUUCAGAAUUAUUUUGAUAUUUCUCAUUCGUUUCUUCUCCGUUUUUUUUUGCUAUAAUAUUCAAAAGUGUGGAAUUUAUAUAGUUCAAAGUGUGGAACAUUGCUAUGCUCAAAAUUAUGGGUCUCAUAUAUGUGACAUAUAUUAUAUUCUACAAUUAAUCAGUGCUUUUGCUGUUAUUACACUAUAUACACACACAUUGUAUAUACCCAUCUACAUAUGUGUUCACCAUAACGAACCACCAAGUUGGUAUAGUGAGCCCAAAAAACAAGUGAGCUGCCACACCCAGCCA